CAACAGCACCACACAAACAACUGGGCUGCACAGGAGCUCGGUACCGAUAGCCAAACUCUUCCUGGACUGACCGAGAUAUUUCUUCUACCGUUUGUAGCCCAGGGAAGAUUUCAGUAGUAUUACAGUGGCCAUUUAAAACUAGCAGCGAUGACGAAGAAGAAAGUCCCCAAAGUGAAGAGGGCUAAAGCCGGGAAAGGAAAGAAAGAAAGCAAGCAUGAGUCAAAAGCGGACAAAGAGUCUGACAGUGAAAAAGCCAAGGCCAACGCUGCGCUGUGGGAGCUGAGAUUAAAGGUCACCGAACUGUCGCUCGUGGAGUAUCGCGAAGCUUGCCGGAAGUUAGCACGCGCAAACGAAGAGCUCACCAACCAACUGUAUCGCGCGGAGAAAGACUCCAUCGAUAUUACUAGCUUUCUGAGGAAACAAGAUGCGGCUAAAGCGGAGAAGAUCAACAUGCUGCAGAAAAGCCUCAAAAAUCAAGAGGCACUUGCACAGGAAGAGCAAAACAAACUGGUUGAUGAUUACACAAGGCAAAUCAAUGACUUGAAGGAACUGUUCAGAAAGAAGUCCAGUGACUUCAACAUGAUCCAAGAUGGGAUGAAGAGAAUAAGGGAGUUUGAGAAGAGGAAAGCACAGAUGGAGCAGGAGCUAAGUGAUAUUAGACAAAACAUGGAUCUUUCUGACAAGACGCACAGGGAAAACCUAAACAAAGUGGAGUGCAGAUUCUUCAGAGAAAAGGAGCGGCUGGAGAGGGAAGCCGAGGGAACGAUAGCUGUGGUGGUGGAGAAGGCCCACAAUGAAGCCAUUGUGCAGUUGGACGAUGCCUCACGCUCUGUGUUUAAGGAGAACGUCCGUCUCAAUGAAGCGCUGAAAUAUCACAUAAACGAGGCAGAGGACCUGCAUGUUUUGAUGCAUUCAAUGGCUAAGGAAAAUGCCUCCUUGAAACUGGACAAGAACAUGUUACAGUUGACUGUGAAGCAAAAUGCAGCUGAGAUGGAGGCCCAAAAAAAGGAGAUAUCCAAUCUGAGGGCCAAGGUGGCUUCACUGGAGCAUGCCCUUGAGGUAAGAGCUGAGGAACCUGGGAAACAGGAGGGGGAGAAGGAGAAGGCCCUGGUCACCAUUCAAGCCAGCCAGGUAGAAUUAAGGAAGCUGCAGAAAGUGCUUCACAUGCGGGAGAGGGAAUUGGGGCACGUCAAGCGACUGGCCAGCACCAUAGUGGAUCAGCGCACAGAGCUGGAGCAGUUCUUCCAUGGGGCCCUGGCUCAGGUGAAGGAGGACAUCAUGGCCAGCAGGCAGCAAUACAAAAAGGAGGCACUACAGGCUUAUCGCCAGAGGCUAAAAGAGGCCACAGCAGGAAAGCUAAAGUUCCCUCCCAUCCGCACCUUCCAUAAAGGACCCCACAGUACCAACUCUGUCUAUACAGACAUGGAGGCGGCUGCAAGGUGGACUCAUCCACCCGACAGCGAGGUUGAAAUCUCAGAUCUCACUUGGGAACAGAAGGAACAAGUGCUCAGGCUUCUCUUUGCUAAAAUGAACGGACAGAAGGAGAGGAAAGACAGCCAACAUAUGGCUUUGUCUGCCUCCUCUGACAAGAGCCUUAUUGCCAGCGAUGCUGCCGGGAUUAGAGAGGAGCUUUCCCGGGCGACCUUCAUCACCCAGGGGCCUGAGCCCGCUCUGCCCUCCAACCCUAACACCCUGCCGGAUAUACACACCACGUGACCUCUGUGUGGCCUCUACAUCGCAUAUCACACUCUGGAUUGUUUGCCUCUAUGCUUCCCACAGAGUGUCAAUCAUGUGUCAUCGAAUGGGAGUUGUUUGU